AUGCGGUUCUCGCACCUGUUCUCCACGGCAGCCGCGCUUGCCGCCCUCCACGGCGCCCUCGCGUCCGAUGUGCUCGACCUGACUGCCUCCGACUUCGCAAGCGUCGUUAACCCUGAGGACCUGAUCUUGGUGGAGUUCUUCGCCCCGUGGUGUGGUCACUGCAAGGCUCUUGCGCCCCACUACGAGGAGGCCGCCACCGAGCUCAAGGCGAAGAACAUCAAGCUCGCCAAGGUAAACUGUGUGGAUGAGGCGGACUUCUGCCAGUCCAACGGCAUUCAAGGCUACCCUACCGUUCGCGUGUACCGCAAAGGGGAGCACUCCGAGUACACCGGCCCCCGUAAGGCGGAUGGGAUCAUCAGCUACAUGACCAAGCAAUCUCUCCCCGCUGUCUCGGAGGUCAACUCGGCCAACUUCCAGGAGUUCAAAGGCGCGGACAGGAUCGUAGUUGUAGCGUUCGCAUCCUCGACUGAGGACGCGCACGCCGCUGAGUUCAGCGCGACCGCGAACAAGCACCGCGACGACUACCUCUUCGGUCUGGCGACUGACAAGUCUGUCGCGGAAGCUGCUGGCAUUACCCCUCCCGCCAUCGUCGUCUUCCGCUCCUUCGACGAGCCCCAGACCGAGUACCCCUACCCCAUCGGUUCGGCCAAGGUCCAUGACAUCGAAAACUGGAUCCAGGACCUCUCUAUUCCCGUCAUUGACGAGGUCGGCGCAGACAACUACCAGGCAUACGCCUCCAGUGGCAAGCCGCUCGCAUACCUCUUCCUCGACCCUACCGAUGAGAAGCACGACGAGCACGUCAACAUGAUAAAGCCUGUCGCGUCCAAAUACAAGGGCAAGCUUAACUUCGUCUGGAUCGACGCCGUCAAAUACGGCGACCAUGCGCGUGCCCUGAACCUCGUCGAGCCCAAGUGGCCCAGCUUCGUCAUUCAAGACCUCGGCAAGCAGCUCAAAUACCCCUUCGAUCAGGGGAAUGACGUCACUGCUGAGGCUGUCAAUGAGAUGGUCGAGCUCUACCUCGAUCACAAGCUCGAGCCUCAGCUUAAGAGCCAGCCUAUCCCUGAAGUCCAGGACGAGCCCGUCUUCAACCUCGUCGGCAAGCAGUUCGAAGAGGUCGCACUUGACGACAGCCGUGACGUCUUCGUAGAGUUCUACGCUAGCUGGUGUGGUCACUGCAAGCGUCUCAAGCCAACCUGGGACUCGCUUGGCGAGCACUUCGCUCCUGUCCGCGACCGUGUCACUAUUGCCAAGAUGGAGGCAACCGAGAACGAUCUCCCUCCCAGCGUUCCGUUCCGUGUCUCUGGCUUCCCUACCCUUAAGUUCAAGCCUGCGGGCUCGCAUGAAUUCCUCGAUUACGACGGCGACCGUUCUCUCGAGAACCUCAUUGCUUUCGUCGAGGAAAACGCAAAGAACUCUCUGGAGGUCAACACUUCCGCGCCCGCCGACAGCGAGCAGGUCGUGAUGGACACGCACCACGAUCAUCACCACGAGGAGCUAUAG